UAUGACUGAUCCCAGUGACAACCCAACACCACCAGCACCACCACCCUCCGGUCCCUCUCCCGAAGCACUAGCACAGCGACGGGCGCUGGUAAACGCAAAGUUCGGACCAGGCGCUUGGGAAAGAUCCCAACCACGCCCCCACCGAUGCAACGGCCACCUAGAAGAUUUCAUUGUAGCCCUCACGACAUGGCCAAUGCAGGAUGUUCCUUCCACAUUUCGCAUAUUCUGGUCAUGCAUGCGUAGCGAACCUGGGAAUGAACCACCAAGGGAUUACAAAACGCCUGUACCGUAUGGAUCCCAGGCUGGUCAAAAACGGGGAAUGUGGUUUGGUGACGAUGAACCCAAUGAUAUGAGUUGGAUGGAAAAAAAGUGAAAUAUUGUUGUGUGGAUACCCUUUUGUUUGGGUGUGCAUGGUGAGGAAGAUGUCCUAGUGUUGGGCAUGCGUGCAUAUCCCAUUGUCUGUCUUUUUUGGCGAUGGCAAGUUCCCUCCCAUUGAAGGAUCACUGGUGGGAGGACAUCAUCAGCAGGAUGGGUAAUCGGAGCUGGAUGGAUAGUUCUUGUUCAACAUCUGAGUAUAUGGAUUAUGGAGGGUGCUGGAUGUUAUCUCCAAGCACCAAAAGAAGAAAACUAAACCAACAAGGUAGCUGGAAAUGAAUGUACCGAAACCACACAAAACACAUGUAAAUAUAAUCAUUGAAAUGAGCAUUUCAAAAAGAACGGAUGAAUCAUUGGCAAUCGAAAACAUUG